GCGUGUUAUAAGGCGCGGAGCCUGAGAGCGAUUCAUUCCAGAGGUGCGCACCGCCUUCAUGGCCGCCGCCGGAGCCCGCCUCCUGCUCUUCCGCGCCGGCCUGCUGGUCGCCGCCGCCGCCGCCGCCGCUGACCUCGGGUCCGGGGAUGGCUGGGAUGCCGGUGCGCCCCCAGGGAACCGCGACCGCCCGGAGCUGCCCGCCGAUACCGCGGAUCACCGCAUGAGGCGUGCCACCACCGGCCUGCCGGAGUCCACCACCGAGAGAACACCCAGCCAGGACCCCUGGGAGACCUGGAAAGCCUUCCUCAGGCACAACAUGGAGAACGCUAAGGCCAGGAAGAACAGAGGCAAAGGCAGGAAGUUGGAGCCAUGCCCCCGAACCUUUGUCCUCCUGAAUGACUCAAGGCCCAUCAACUCAUCAGAACUGGUGAAGGAGUUCCGGCGGCUGCUAGAAGAAUUGGUGCCACUGCGAGAGCGCUUGGAGCUGGGCCUUGCCCCAGAGGAGGCAGCAGGGGACAGGGACAGGGUGCCCUCGCUGACAGAGGCCCUGGCCAUGAGCCCACCGCUGGUGGGGGAUGCCUUCCACUGCCGCCUGCGCCAGAAAGUGUCGGUGGAGCGGCGGACGCUGCACGAACUUGGUGGCUACUACCUGGUGAGUCCUAGCCUGGAGGGGCCCAGGAGAGGGUGUGUGGUGGGCCCAGGUGACCCUGUCUGCGCUCCACAGCCCGAAUCUGAGGGCGCCUUCUAUCGCGGCCUGGGCCUGAACCUGACCAGCGGCCAGUACACAGCGCCAGUAGGGGGCUUCUAUGCUCUUGCGGCCACGCUGCACGUGGCCCUCCCUCAGCAGAGGAAGCCAGAGCAGCAGCGCCCUCGGGACCGCCUGCGCCUGCUCAUCUGCAUCGAGUCCCAGUGCCAGAACCACACCUCCCUGGAGGCUGUCAUAGGUCUGCAGAGCAGCGGUGAGCUCUUCACCAUCUCCGUGAACGGUGUUCUGUAUCUGCAGGUGCAGGGGCAGGCUUGGGCAUGGGGGGUACCACCUGGUUGUGGCCAUGGGGUGACCUGGCAGGGAGGGGUGCUGGUGGGCACUAAGGGGCUCUGGGUGCAGCACCCCAACUCCAGGCUUGGGAGAGGCGUUGAGACCUCCCAAAUCCCACACUGAGGGCUGGUGCUCCUAGUGGUAGAACAGGGGUCAGCUCCAGAGCCCAGACUGACCUCCCUCAUGACAUCUGAGCCCAUUGCCACUGCAGGAAGCAGCACAUGUAGUUAUUUCCUACACAAAUCUCUUUCUAGCACUGGGGAUUUGGGCAAGUACUCAAGGAAUUGAUGCAAAGGUGAGAUUCACUAAAAAAGAAAAACUGUCAGUGUGGAUGUGAACAGCAGCUCACAUUUAAAUAGCACUAUGCAGGCCCCAUUCUGAGUGCCCAUUUCACUGUCACGGCGCUCUGAGGGGGGCACUGCCAUUAUUCCCAUUCACAAACAGGGAACAGAGCACAGCACGGUUAGAUAACUCGCCGAGCUCACGCAGCAGUCAGGACUGCAGGCCCAGCUGCUGAAAGGCAUGUAGUGGUCUGGUCUGGUCACAGGCACCAAACACACGGGGGAGUCAAAUGGCUCACGGUGCACCUGGAGUCCUAAAAUGCGGGAGGGGUGGGUCCCCGGAGUCUGCAGUUUUGGGAGUUCCCAGGGGAUGGGAUCCUGCUGGUGUGUGGACCACAUCUGGAGCAGCCACGCCAGAGUACUGAUCAGUCCCACGGUAGCCCUGCCCCGCAGGUCAGAGACCAGGCCUGUGGGACGGGGCCACCCUCACACCCCAGGUUAGAGCUUUACAGGCUCCAUAUGCAGCACAGAAGCAUGUUGGACUCUUGACCCCCUGCUGGCCCUGAGCAGAGGUUCGCUCUCACAAAUGCGAACUGCAGGAGCCCAUAAGCGCAGGGGCCAAUGGAGCUGGAGAGAAAGCACUAGAACGGGGCAGAGGUGCUGUUUUGAGGGUGUGUGCCAGUGCCCAGGCUGACGCUGCCCGUCUCACAGCUAGGGCAGUAUACCUCCGUCUUCCUGGACAACGCUAGCGGCUCCCUCGUCACUGUGCAAGACGGCUCCCAGUUCAGCGCUCUCCUCCUUGGCAUCUGAGCAGUAUCGAGCUGGAUCCCAACAAUCCUUGGGCAGUGUUGGAGUGACAGAGGCCACAUGCAGGAGAGAGCCCAUUCAACUGCACACAGUGGCCCCUGCAGUUCAGCUCAGAGAUGGCCACUCCAGGCAGCCUGGGGAGGUGACAAGCAAACCUGCUGUCCCAGAACCAGAAAGGACUUUAAGAUCCCGCUUCACCAGAGUUCAGCGCACCCAGGCCUGGGACCCCCGCUGCUGGCCUACUGGCUUGUCUAAAAUCUCAGUUCCACCGGCCUGCAUGGUUUAGUGGUUGGGUAUCAACCUAUGAACCAGGAGGUCACAGUUUCAUUCCUGGUCUGGGCACAUGCCCAGGUGCAGGCUCGAUUCCCAGUGUGGGGCAUGCAGGAGCCAGCCAAUCAAUUAU